AUGACUGCUUCCACCGCCGCUCAGGAUAUCGAUCUCAAUUCCAUUGAGCAAAUCGAAAUGCUGCUCCAAAACAUCCAACGAAAGCCGCAAUCUUACGACCUGGCCGAAGGAGCGCUUCUUUCUACGAUAAAUCUGAGCGAAGAGAAGCUUGGAAAAGACCACAGUAUCACGAUUCAUGCAGCUUUCGAGCUCGCCAAGUUUUAUCGUGUGAAGAGAAAAUUCGCUAUGGCAGAAUCAGCUCUUUCUCGAGUGCUAGAAGAUUGCGAAAGAGUCUAUGGCGAAAGCCAUGUCAUCACACUGCAAACCAUGUGCGAGCUUGCCCAGACCCUUGAUAACCAGAAAGACCUGGAAAGAUGCAAAGCAGUGUUGCUUCAAGCAUACACAAGGUACCGGGACUCGAAUCCUUAUGGAACCGAAGCCCUCUUCUGUGGGGUGCAUUUAGCGCAUACUCUGGAGGCCCUUGGGAUGUAUGAAGACGCUGGGCUUCUUUUCCUCGACCUUGUCGAAAAGUACCGCCAAGCAAAUACGAUACAAAAUGGCCUGGGGCUUAACUGUGUAUCGAGUCUUAUCUCGAACUACUGUAAGAAAGCGUAUAGGCUAUUCCAAGGAAUCUGGAAGAAUGACGACGACAAGAAAAUCGCGCGAGGAUAUUUCUUCGAUUGUGUUGCGCUAUGUCAGAUCAUAGCUUCGAACGAAGGAAAAGAGGCUCAAGAGACCCUGUACUACAAUCUCUGGCCGAUUGGAAAGAUCGCUCUGUGGUUAGGCGACGACGACACAUUUCAAAACUGUGUUUGGUUCCUAGAUUCCACCAAGAGUCCCAGUUCAUCUCGCCAGUUUCGAAUAGUAUGCGAUGGUUGUAACCAGCAACUAUCUUCAGGGUACCACUAUGUUUGCCAACAAUGUGAGGACCACGACCUCUGCCUAGAAUGCUUUACUGCUCAACGUGGCCAAUUCGAUACGAAUUCCGAGAGCUGUAGGGACCAUUUCUUUUUCGAGAUAAGCACACACCAUCCUUCGACUGAAGAAUCAGAAAAGGUGGGAGUAACUACUGUUGUCGAAUGGCUAUCCAGCCUUCUUGCGGAGGCGGCACUGCAGGAUUGGCAAUCUGAGGCCGCGAAAGCAGGUGGUGAGGAGAUGCCUCUCAAUAUAGAUGAUUGGAAUGACAGAUGCCCCAAAGACAUUUCUGGGCCUGCCCCAGGUCGCUCAGAUCAGGAGCUUCAUUAUUCUGAGUUACUAGGAUUCCUGCUCAACUCCACCUAUGUUUUUGGCAAAGAUGGGUUUCGAUCAAAUGACUUACAUCAGUGGUGUCUUACAGAGUACAUGGCAGAUGAUUCAAGUCAAACGAUCCACGAAGGCUUUUCAAGCGUCAUCUUACAGGCUCAGCCCCCCCAGAAGUCACUUGUUGGUCGCGGAAGGACAGCCAAGGUCUCUUAUAGUUCUCCAUCUGACUCAAUGUACGCACGUUUCCGUCUUGAUCCUAAGAUGCAAGAGAUAAGAGUCUUGGAGUUACUUCCAGGUACUGGUGAAAUUCAAUGUACACUGCGAACCGUUAGCCUCCUUCAGAAUCCCUCUUUCGAGGCUCUAUCAUACGUCUGGGGAUCGGCUACGACUCAAAAGAAGCCUUCUAUUAUCGUCGAGGGUAAGCGUAACCGUCACGCCCAAUCUUCUACAAGCUGUGCUUGA